AUGGACGUUGGAGCGCGCGUGUGGGUCGCCGACCCCGCGGACGAGCGCGUUUGGCUCGCGGCGCGCGUGCUCGAACUCGAAGAGCAGCACAGCGAUGACGAGUCGCCGUCGCGCUUAAGGCACCCAGGCUCGUACGACGACUCGGACGACGCCGCCCAAGCCAAGAAGCGGGACGUGGUCCUGGCCUUCGCGCCCUCGGGCGAGUGCGUCAACGUGCUGCCGCGCAACAUGCCGCGCGAGCAGGACCAGCGCGACCUCGUGGCGCUGCCGCACCUGCACGAAGCCUCCAUCCUCAACGCGCUGCGGCUGCGCUACCAGCGCCACGCCAUCUACACGCACAUCGGCGAUAUCCUCAUCUCCAUCAACCCCUUCCAGAGCCUCCCGCAGCUCUACGGUGACGAGGUGCUGCAGGGCUACGCCUACGACCACAACGCCCAGUUCGGGGACAAAGUCGCAGCCGCCGACCCGAGAGAGCCCCAUCUCUUCGCGGUGGCUCGAGCAGCAUACGUGGACAUUGUGCAGAAUGCGCGCAGCCAGGCGAUCCUCAUCAGCGGUGAGAGCGGCGCCGGCAAGACCGAAGCCACCAAGAUCAUCAUGACCUACUUUGCCGUCACAUCUCCCCCACCGUCGCCAUCGCGCACGACGAUCGAGGAGCAAGUGCUGCAGUCGAACCCUAUUUUGGAGGCCUUCGGUAACGCACGUACGGUGCGCAAUGACAACAGCUCCCGGUUCGGCAAGUUCAUCGAGCUGCGCUUCCGCGACCAGCGGCGCAAGCUGGCGGGCGCCCGCAUCCGCACGUACUUGCUGGAGAAGAUCCGAGUCAUUAAGCAGGCGCCUCACGAGCGCAACUUCCACAUUUUCUAUGAGCUGCUGAGUGCAGACGCCACUUGUGUGAGUAAGGAGCAGAGGCAAGCCUUGGCCCUAACCGGAGGCCCCCAAAACUUCCGCCUGCUGAAUCAGAGCUUGUGCUCCAAGCGACGCGAUGGUGUGAAGGAUGCUGUUCAGUUCCGAUCCACUCGGAGGGCCAUGCAGCAGCUUGGUAUGAGCGAACGUGAAAUCAGCGGCGUGCUGGAAAUCGUGGCAGCUGUGUUGCAUAUGGGCAACGUCGACUUCGAGCAAGUACCGCACAAGCGCGAGGAUAACGUGUUCGUCGACGAGGCUCGGGUAGCAACUUCAACUACUGGAGCAUGCAAUCACUUCACGAAGGCGGCUGAGCUGCUCGGAGUGUCCACUGAGGCUCUCGGCCACGCUCUGACGAAAAGAUGGAUCCACGCAUCCAAUGAAACGUUGGUCGUAGGAGUUGAUGUUGCUCACGCACGUAACACGCGCAAUGCGCUGACGAUGGAGUGCUACCGUCUACUGUUUGAGUGGCUCGUAGCGCGUGUCAACAACAAGCUCCAACGACAGGCUAGUGCACCUUGGGACGCCGACCAGAAUGACGAUGACGAGGAAGACUCGAAUGAUUUCAUCGGCCUGUUGGAUAUUUUUGGGUUUGAAGACAUGGCUGAGAACUCCUUCGAGCAGCUCUGCAUCAACUAUGCCAAUGAGGCACUACAGCACCAGUUCAACCAGUACAUUUUUGAAGAGGAGCAGCGAUUGUACCGGGACGAGGGCAUCCGUUGGAGCUUCGUAGACUUCCCGAACAACCGCGCGUGUCUCGAACUGUUUGAGCACCGUCCUAUUGGGAUCUUCUCGCUCACAGACCAGGAAUGUGUAUUUCCUCAGGGCACGGAUCGUGCACUCGUGGCCAAAUACUACCUUGAAUUUGAGAAGAAGACGCAGCACCCGCACUUCCGUUCGGCCUCGGCGAUUCAGCGGGCAACGCAGUUUGUUGUCGUGCAUUACGCUGGAUGUGUCACCUACACCGUUGAUGGCUUUCUCGCGAAAAACAAGGAUUCAUUCUGCGAGAGCGCAGCACAAUUGCUGGCUGAGUCUUCCAACCCGCUAAUUCAAGCUCUUGCCACAAGCUCAGCCAAGACAGACACUGCGGACAUCAGUGUGGGAACGCAGUUCAAGAUCCAGCUAAACGAACUGCUGACCACUGUUCGUGCCACAACUCCUCGAUACGUGCGCUGCAUCAAGCCCAAUGACUCGCAUGUGGGAUCACUCUUUGAGAGUACACGGGUUGUUGAGCAGUUGCGCAGCGGCGGUGUUCUCGAAGCCGUGAGGGUAGCGCGCGCUGGAUUCCCUGUGCGUCUAUCUCACAAACAAUUCCUUGGUCGUUAUCGGCGUAUAUUGCUCUCGCUCUGCAAGCUGACCGACAACGGCUUUGAACAGAAACACUGGAGUUGGAGCGAGUUGGAUUUGUGCUUGCACCAACUCACUCAAGUUCUUCUUGCUGACAUGAAGCCGGAUGACGAAGUAGAGGAGGAUGAAGACGAUGAAGCCGAUGACGAGCAGGCUCGCCAGAUGCGCUGUGGUCUGUACGCCAGGGAGCUAGCCUUAUUAUCCAAAGGCACGUCAGAGGCUUCGUGGCCCGUCGAAGUUAUCGUCACCUUCGCAGAGUCACGAUCGCAGUCCAAGCGCGUGUUCGAGGCCGCCGUGCUUACCGUCACGUGUGCUGGAUGCGCGCGAUGCAGCAAGCUCGAGUUCUACAGGCAAGAAUGCGCCAGCUUUGUGCGCGAAGUAGAUUUCUCCGUGCCCGUGCAGACCCUUCGUGAGGCUCGCGCAGUAACUCGAAUUGCGACGGCAUGGCGGCGAUCAUCGGCGCAACGGAAGUACCGGAAGCUGUGCAGCGCCACCUUAGCGCUCCAGUGCGCUAUGCGCGCACGCGUUGCCAAGCAAGCGCUGAGAGCACUGCGUGAAGAGAGCAGGAACGUGGCUAAGCUCAAGGAGGACAAUGCGCAACUCAAGGAUGAGCUGGCUGAAUUGCGUCGCCAAAUGCAGGCUAUGGUGGCUCAAAACAACGGCGGCAACCCCAAUGCCGCUGAUGGUCACGACGUCGGUUGCGUUGUGGACCUAUCGUACAGCCAGCAAAAGCCCAAGCUCCAGACACCCAACUCGCGUCGUACUCGCCGUUACAGUUUGCCGCCUACACUUGCCCCCGCAAACGAAGAAGCAGAACUAGAAGAUGCAACACCACCGGCAUCGCCUCGUGCUUCUCGAUCGCGUGACCGACGCCACAGCUUGGAUUUGUGGCGACUGCAGGAGGUGGAGGCUCAAAAAGAGGCCCGUCAACUGCGUGAAGAAAUUCGUGAGGCAGCAGCUGAUGAACCCUCGCCAGAACGCCAGCAACAGCAAGAAAUUGCCCUCCAGAAACUUGUUGCCUCGCAGAUCAAGCGCAAGACGAUGCAGUUGCAGCUGCGGCUACCUGAAUUCGAGCUGAAGAUGGAUAACAAUUGCAUCGAAGCCGGCCCUGCAUCGUGCAUCAGCUACCGUCGUCGUUCACGCACAGUUGAUAGUCCUCUUCCAGUUCCGGCACCGCUGACCUCAUGCGGCCGACAAGGAUCGUCAUCGCGCUGGAACUUCGCUGCGCCGCGUAGACGGUACCCGAUGCCCAGGCGAUCAGCAUCAGCUGGCGUGUACCGCUCAAGAUCAUCGUCCAACGCUUCGUCGUGCUACAUGCCUCCGUCCGUGGCUGUGCGUCCUGGACUUGCUGUGCCGCGCUUUGCCAAGGCCCCAACCUGCUACGAGUGCGACUGCACGUUCAAUCUCCUGACACGUCGCCACCACUGCCGACAAUGCGGCAACUCGUUCUGCUUCGAGCACUCGACGCGUCAACUGGCGCUUCCACACCUCGGUUACAUGGCGGCUCAGCGUGUGUGCGAUACAUGCUUUGAGGCGCACAUUCAGGCCAUGACAUCACUCAAGUUGCCGUCUCUGAUGCGCCACCCGACGGACGAGUUGUCGACCUCAUCUUUCGCAAGCUCGCCGCGCGGUCUCGAGAGCAACGACAGCUACUGUGGCCUCGACAGCCCCACCGCGGCAGCAGCGCGCAUCGCUCCGCUGCGUACAUAA